UUCCGGUUCUGUGUUAAGCUAACAACAACACAGAACCAUCUCCUGCGUCUUAUUACUAUUGCAACCCUAACGACGCUUGUCACAAAGGAAAUAUGGCGGGUUGUGCUACUUAACUUUUCAGCAGGCAUUUACGAAGACGACAUUUUAAUUUAUUUUUGAUUUAGUCAGUUGUCCAAGCUAAUUCACGGUCUCGCCGAGUGAAGCUUCUGGAGUUUUCAAGCAAGGCCAGAAAAAGUAUCUGUAAGCAAAAGCCUUACAACCUGUAGAAGAUAAGGUCCAUUAGGAAAACUUACUAAGAGCCCUCAAAAUGAGAGGUUCUUACGGAGACAGAGACCGAGACCGUGGUCGUGACAGAGGCAAUCCCCGAUUCGGAUCAAGCAGAGGCGGACCACCCCCGGGUAAGAAGUUUCGGAAUCCCGGGGAACGCUUACGAAAGAAGAGAUGGGACCUGAAUGAGCUUCCCAAAUUUGAGAAAAACUUCUAUAAUGAAAAUUCCGAAGUGCAGCGAAUGAGCCAGUAUGAUGUUGAGGAGUAUCGCAGAAAGAAAGAAAUCACAGUCCGAGGCUCAGGCUGCCCAAAACCUGUCACCAGCUUCCAUCAUGCACAGUUUCCUCAAUAUGUAAUGGAUGUACUGGUGCAGCAAAACUUCAAGGAACCAACAGCCAUUCAGGCUCAAGGUUUCCCUUUGGCACUCAGUGGGAGAGACAUGGUGGGCAUUGCUCAGACGGGCUCUGGAAAGACUUUAUCGUAUCUCCUGCCUGCAAUUGUGCACAUCAAUCAUCAGCCCUACUUGGAGCGUGGAGAUGGACCCAUUUGCUUGGUGUUGGCCCCCACAAGAGAACUAGCUCAGCAGGUCCAGCAGGUGGCAUAUGACUAUGGAAAGUCAUCACGCAUCAAAAGCACUUGUGUGUACGGCGGUGCUCCCAAGGGACCUCAAAUACGAGACUUGGAGAGAGGUGUUGAAAUCUGCAUCGCCACUCCGGGUCGUCUCAUUGACUUCCUGGAAGCUGGAAAGACCAACCUGCGGCGCUGCACAUACCUAGUUCUGGAUGAGGCUGACCGCAUGCUGGACAUGGGUUUCGAACCACAGAUACGCAAAAUUGUGGAUCAGAUCAGGCCGGACAGACAGACUCUGAUGUGGAGCGCUACCUGGCCUAAAGAAGUUCGCCAACUGGCAGAGGACUUCCUGAAGGACUAUGUCCAGAUCAAUGUUGGAGCUCUGGAGCUCAGCGCUAACCACAACAUCCUUCAAAUUGUUGAUGUUUGCGUGGAGAGCGAAAAGGACCAAAAGCUUAUCCAGCUGAUGGAAGAGAUUAUGGCUGAGAAGGAAAACAAGACCAUCAUCUUCGUUGAGACCAAGAAACGGUGUGAUGACCUGACACGUAGGAUGAGACGUGACGGGUGGCCAGCGAUGUGUAUUCAUGGUGACAAGAGUCAGCCAGAGAGAGACUGGGUAUUAUCAGAGUUUCGGAGUGGCAAAGCCCCCAUCCUCAUUGCUACUGACGUCGCCUCACGUGGGCUUGAUGUGGAGGAUGUCAAGUUUGUCAUCAACUAUGACUACCCUAACUCAUCCGAGGAUUAUAUCCACCGCAUCGGCCGUACAGCUCGCAGCACUAACAAAGGCACCGCUUACACCUUUUUCACUCCGGGGAACCUCCGGCAGGCCCGAGAGCUGAUCCGGGUCCUGGAGGAAGCCCGGCAGGCAAUCAAUCCCAAACUGCUGCAGCUGGUUGACAGUGGACGAGGCGGAGGAGGUGGCCGUUCCCGUUUCCGCAACUCCAAUUCAAACAAUCCCAACAUGAUGUACCAGGAUGAGUGUGAUCGCCGGAUGCGUUCUGCUAGUGGGGGUGGCAGCUCAAAGGAUGGCCGUGGCAGCAGCAGUAGCUACAGCCGCAGCGGAAACAACCGGGAUGGGGACCAAUCCUCUUCUUACAGAGAUCGCAGCAGCAGGGAUGGAGGACGCAGUUACGGCUCCGGCUCCGGCUCCUACGACCAGUACCAGAAUAACAGCAGCUCCAGGGGUGGCUCCAGCUCAGCAGGCAGCGCUGUGGGGCAGGCCCCACCUCCUUCAUCAGGCCCUCAGCCUCUAAUGGCCCAGCAGUUCAACCCUCCGCAGCCUAUGAUGGGUUUGAUGGGGCACUCGCCAUUCCAGUUUGCGCCUCCUCCAGCAUCUCUGUCUGGGAGAAAAUGAUGUAGUAUGUGCAUCAGUGUUACACAGCACAACACAAACUACACCCGGGCAGAUUUGUGUUGAAUUUUUCAUUUUAUCGCUCUUCCAACAUUCCAGUUAAAAGCAUGUUUUAGUUGACUGAGAGAUCUUCAUUUCUUCAACAUUAGUUUUCGACUGGCUUCAGGUUUGAUCGGAAAAUUUUUUUCAGCUUAAAGUUGGUUUAAAGCAAUUCUGUGUUCGUUUAGCUUAGUUUGUUGCAGCUGUGUUGGAUGGAAAAAAGCAAAGCUGCUGUUUUGUAUUGUAAAUCUCUUUGUGAGCUACUUCCAAGAGGUUGAUAGUGUUAUUUUCUGUUUAGGUAUGGCAAAGGUAGGUGUUGAAGUUAAUUUUGUUUUUUCUGUUUCGGAUCAUUGUUUGAAGCCAAAAAAUCCUUCUGAAAUAUUAAAAACAGAUUCUGAUGUGAUUUAAAAAAAAAAUACGUGGGUUAAAAACCUUUACCACAUUGGAGUGUUUUUCUUUGAGCUUUACCUUGAUCUCGUUACGUAGGUGCAAAUUGAGGCCUUACCAACUUGUGAUUUCUAAGUUUGUAUUUACUAACAAAUCUCCUGAGGCUUACCUGUUUAGAGGAUCACCAGUGUGGUCUGGUCUUUGCAGCAGUGAUGAAUGAGAUUUCCUAGCAAACAGUAAGUCCCCUUUUUAAAUUUGUUUUUCAUGUUUAAUAAAGUUCUUUGGUGUA